ACCCAGGAAACUGGAUACUUAAAAGUCACUUAAAUGUUUUAACAGCAUUGGAAAAUGGGAGCUGCUACUAAGUUGGCGUUCGCUGUUUUUCUUAUCUCUUGUUCUUCAGGUGCCAUACUUGGCAGAUCAGAAACACAGGAGUGUAUCUACUACAACGCUAAUUGGGAAAAAGAUAAAACAAAUCGCAGUGGUAUUGAACCUUGUUACGGUGAUAAAGAUAAAAGACGACACUGUUUUGCUACAUGGAAGAACAUUUCUGGAUCAAUUGAAAUUGUGAAGCAAGGUUGCUGGCUAGAUGACAUCAAUUGUUAUGACAGGAACGAUUGCAUAGAGAAGAAGGACAGCCCUGAAGUGUUUUUCUGUUGUUGUGAAGGCAACAUGUGCAAUGAACGCUUUUUCUAUUUCCCAGAAAUGGAGGUCACGCAACCAACUUCCAACCCUGUUACACCUAAGCCACCUCUGUUCAAUACCCUGCUUUAUUCGUUGGUGCCUAUCAUGGGAAUCGCAGUGAUUGUGCUCUUCUCCUUCUGGAUGUACAGACAUCACAAGCUGGCGUAUCCUCCAGUACUGGUUCCGACCCAGGAUCCUGGCCCACCACCACCUUCACCGUUGAUGGGUUUGAAGCCGUUGCAGUUACUAGAGAUCAAAGCUAGGGGAAGGUUUGGUUGUGUAUGGAAAGCUCAACUGCUGAAUGAGUAUGUUGCCGUCAAAAUAUUCCCCAUUCAGGACAAACAGUCGUGGCAGAACGAGUAUGAAAUUUACAGUUUGCCUGGAAUGAAGCAUGACAAUAUUUUGCAGUUCAUCGGUGCAGAGAAACGAGGCACUAGCAUUGAUGUCGAUCUGUGGUUAAUUACAGCGUUUCAUGAAAAGGGUUCAUUAACAGACUUUCUCAAGGCGAACGUGGUCUCUUGGAAUGAGCUGUGUCACAUCGCUCAGACGAUGGCUAGAGGCCUGGCUUAUCUCCACGAGGACAUACCAGGGCUAAAAGACGGGCACAAACCUGCCAUCUCCCAUAGGGACAUCAAAAGCAAGAACGUGCUGCUGAAAAAUAAUCUUACAGCUUGUAUUGCUGAUUUCGGUCUAGCUUUAAAGUUUGAGGCUGGAAAGUCUGCAGGGGAUACGCAUGGACAGGUUGGUACACGAAGGUAUAUGGCUCCUGAGGUACUAGAAGGUGCUAUCAACUUCCAAAGGGAUGCGUUUUUGAGGAUAGAUAUGUACGCCAUGGGAUUAGUCCUCUGGGAAUUGGCAUCACGCUGUACUGCCUCAGAUGGGAGUCUUUGUAGCAGCUGGAAUUCAGCGGAGAGGACGGUUUCACGGCGGCUGGCGAUGCCGUUUGUCCUAAAGCUCUCCGGGGAGAGCCAGAUACCCCUCUGCAAGGCCAGGCCCCCUACGGAGGCUUUACCCUCUCGGAAAUGUGGAGCUGUUGACCCACGGAUUCGACGCCAUCUCGCACGAGCCCCUGCGGCCAUCCCGCGGUCUGUACCGAUUCCUCGUGCCUUGGUGUACCCCGAAACUCAAAUCUCCCUGGAAGGGGGUGGCAGGGCGCUCCGGCGGGCGCGGUGGUUCCUCCCCAAAGGGAAGGCGGCGCCGGUGAAG